AUGGCCACCAUCACAGAGGUCCAGAGGCUGGGUAUCGUUCUGAUGGGAUUUGGCUUGUUUUUUCUGCUCUUUGGUGUGCUGCUGUACUUUGACACAGUUCUGUUAGCCUUUGGGAAUAUUCUAUUCUUGGCUGGUUUAACACUUCUAACUGGGUUAAGGAGGACAACCCAGUUCUUCUUCCAAAGGCAGAAGUUUCGAGGAACUUUUUUCUUCUUGGGAGGAGUUUCUUUGAUACUCUGUCGCUGGCCUAUCAUUGGAAUGAUAGUGGAGAGUUAUGGGUUUGUGCUUCUGUUCAGGUCAUUCUUUCCUACUACUUUGGAUUUGUUGCUGUCAGCUGUGAAUAUUCCUUUUCUAAAUACCCUCAACGGCAUGAGCACAGAAACACAGUGA